CUGACGUAUCUAAACUACUGAUGGAGGCUUUUGCUCUUCAGAAGGAGCUCUUGGUGGACAGGGCAUAUCGAGCUGGACCAGGAGGUCGUCCUUACACCAUACUGGCUCACCUCCACAACUACACCAACCGCCUUGAGAUUGUCUGGACAGCCAGUGAACAUUUGCCAGCUAUUCCAUGGCGUGGAGACCAUCAGGUGUCCACAGUAGGAUGAAAGCACCGUGUUGAACAUCACUGCAGUAUGACAUCAUCGAGCCCCGCCCUGGCCACCCUCCCACUCCAUUACCUUCCUCAGGCCCCCCUGUGGCCCCACCUCUUGCUGUCCUUCUGGCUUUGGAUCAGUGAACAGGUGGUUCAGGUGAGCCCCUCCCAUCAGCACUUUCACCCCCACUCCAUAAAGAUUCCAGGUGACAUCACUCUAGGGGGGCUGUUCCCCAUCCAUGCCCGUGGCCCCCAUGGUGUGAACUGUGGAGAGCUGAAGAAGGAGAAGGGGAUACACCGCAUGGAGGCCAUGUUGUAUGCUCUGGAUCAGAUCAACAGCGACACGGAGCUGCUCCCCAACAUCACGCUGGGGGCCCGGAUUCUGGACACCUGCUCCAGAGACACCUACGCCCUGGAACAGUCGCUCACCUUCGUCCAGGCGCUGAUCCAGAAGGACACGUCGGACAUCCGCUGUUCAAACGGCGAGCCGCCUAUCAUCCGCAAGCCUGAGAGGGUGGUGGGUGUGAUCGGAGCGUCAGCCAGCUCUGUGUCCAUCAUGGUGGCCAACAUCCUGCGUUUGUUCGAGAUCCCUCAGGUGAGCUAUGCAUCAACAGCUCCAGAGCUCAGCGAUAACAACCGGUACGACUUCUUCUCUCGAGUGGUCCCUCCGGACUCGUACCAGGCUCAGGCUAUGCUGGACAUCGUCAAGGCUCUGGGCUGGAACUACGUCUCCACUCUGGCAUCGGAGGGAAACUACGGAGAGAGCGGGGUGGAUGCCUUCAUGCAGAUCUCCAGAGAGGCCGGUGGGGUGUGCAUCGCUCAGUCAGUAAAAAUUCCUCGUGAGCCGACAGCCGGGGAGUUCGACAAGAUCAUCAAGCGUCUGAUGGAGACGAGUAACGCCAGAGGAGUGAUCAUCUUUGCCAACGAGGACGACAUCAAGCGUGUCCUGGAGGCAGCGAAGCGCGCUAACCUGACAGGACACUUCCUGUUUGUUGGUUCAGACAGUUGGGGUGCAAAGAGUUCACCAGUCACAGAGCUUGAAGACGUGGCAGAGGGUGCUGUGACCAUCCUGCCAAAACGGGCUUCAAUUGAUGGAUUUGAUCAGUACUUCACAUCUCGUUCUCUGGAGAACAAUCGAAGAAACAUCUGGUUUGCAGAGUUCUGGGAGGACGACUUCCGCUGCAAACUGACCCGUCCCGGAGUAAAACUGGACCCUGACAAGAAGAAAUGUACAGGUGACGAGCGGAUCGGCCGGGACUCGUACUACGAGCAGGAGGGGAAAGUCCAGUUUGUGAUUGAUGCGGUGUACGCUGUGGCUCAAGGCAUCCACAACAUGCACCAGGACCUGUGUCCAGGAAGUAGCGGAGUCUGCAGCGACAUGGACCCGGUGGAGGGACGCCUGCUACUCGACUACAUCCGAGCCGUCAACUUUAAUGCUCUGUGAUGGAUAUCAGUACCAACUAGAUGAGUUUACCUGUGAGACCUGUCCAUCAGACAUGCGCCCCGCCCCCAACAGAACCA